AUGUCCGAUCCACCACAAGUUUCACCGGAACUUUUGGAAUCUAUGGCCACCAUGUUGUCUCAGGCACUUCGAGCUUCGUUACCAGGCGCGGCCGCCGCUGCAGGUCCCGAACUUGCCAACGCAGCCAACAAUGGACAUCUUCGUGCACCCCGUUUCAACAUGGCUGAAUACCGCCCGACAGAGGGCACCACCGUUCAGGACUACUUCACACGUUUCUCCUGGGCUCUGGAACUGAGUGAAAUACCGGCCGAGCAGCACGCCAACUAUGCCCGUGUUUACAUGGGCAGAGAUCUGAAUGAUGCGUUAAAGUUUUUGAUUAGCCCUCGCCUACCUCAGGACCUGACGUACGCCGAAAUCCAGCAAACCCUCAUAAAACAUUUUGAUCACGCAAAAAACAAGUUCGCAGAGAGUUAUAAAUUUCGUAAACUCACACAAAAUCCGGGCGAAUCAGUCGCAGACUUUGCUCUCAGGCUUAAACAAGGUGCAGUGUAUUGUGAAUUUGACGCUUUUUUGGACAGAAUGCUCAUCGAACAACUGUUGUUCGGACUCGAAUCGCAAGUGACAUGUGAUGAGAUCAUCGCAAAAAAACCAGCAUCUUUUGCGGAAGCGUUUGAAAUCGCAAAUUCUCUCGAAGCGACUCGUCUGACAUCGGACACGGUGAAAAACAAGGUGGAACCAACAAACAAGUUGGGAUUUGCACCCCUAAAGCUGAAGUACACGAAACGUCUAAAUCAAGGCAGACCCCAUACACAACCCCAAGGAGUACACAAACCAACCGGAUCGCCUUAUCAACCGCGUCAAAGCCAGGAUAAGCAGUGGGCCUGUCAGGGCUGCGGAGGUCAACAUGCUCGUUCUCAGUGCCCGUACCGUGACGCCACCUGUCACGCCUGUAAUAAGAAAGGUCACCUUGCUUCCGUUUGCAGAUCUGGGAACAUCAGACAAGUCAGAGAAAACUCAGACUCUGAAGAAGAUUUUCCAGCCGAAGAAGUCGACCAGAUGCGACGUCUCAACAAAAUGGACGUUGUCAACUCUGUCAAAUUUCCUGGGAAGGUGGUGCUUGAUGUCCUUAUCAACGGACGUAACAUCAAAAUGGAAAUUGACACCGGCGCGCCAUGCGCAAUCAUGAGCAAACAAACGCUUGACAGUGUCAAAAUCAAAUACAAAUUGCUGGAAACCAACCAACAAUUUGCGAGCUUUUCUGGUCAUCGAAUUUCCUGCCUCGGUCGCGUAUCUGUCAACGCUCAAAUCGGAUCCUCAGUUUGGAAGCUCGACCUUUAUCUGGCGGAUGGCAUAGUCGACUCGCUUUUGGGCCGCGAGUGGAUCGUCGCAUUUGCAAACAAGAUUAAUUUCUCAACCUUUUUUGGAAAUGCAGCAUCAGUCCACGCUGUCAAUCCGGUUUCUCCAAGGCCAUCGUUGCAGCAACAGGCUCAAUUGGACAGCAUCCUGACACAGUUUGAAAGCUCGUUCGACGAUAAACCUGGAAAACUCAUAGGGCCUCCUGUCAAACUGCACUUUAAACCCGGAUACAAACCCGUCUUUUCCAGAGCUCGAGAUGUUCCCUACGCUUUGCGUGAUGCAUAUGCACGCGAAAUUGACGCCAAGCUGAAUUCGGACGUGUACAAACGGGUCGAAUACUCGGAGUGGGCUUCGAUGACACAUGUGGUGGCAAAAAAGAACAGGAAAUUACGUAUCACGGAAAACUAUAAACCUACACUAAAUCCUCAGCUGAUCGUAGACGAACAUCCAAUCCCACGAAUGGAGUGCAUCUUUAACAAAAUGCGAGGCGCAAAGUGGUUCUGUCAUCUUGACAUCACGGAUGCCUAUACGCAUCUCACAAUCGACGACGAAUGUGCUCACGCGAUGACUCUCAACACGCCUACUCAUGGCCUAAUCCGACCGACACGCGCGGUCUACGGAGCAGCAAACAUCCCUGCAGUGUGGCAACGUUGA